AUGUUCGCAGAGACUACGAUGAGUGUAAGGCUGUCAUCAAAGAGCAGCUCCAGGAGUCUCAUGGACUGUGCGAAUAUGCAGUCUACGUUCAAGACAUGUUCCAUUCUGAACCCUCGAAGCGCUGACAACCUCAAGCAGGUGGCACGAUCGCUGUUUCUUUUGGGGAAGCACAAGGCAGCCAUUGAAGUGUACAAUGAAGCAGCUAAACUCGAUGAAAAGGACUGGGAGAUCAGCCACAACCUGGGUGUGUGCUACAUGUACCUGAAACACUUCAACAAGGCACGAGACCAGCUAAACAAUGCCCUGGAGCUCAACAGACAUGAUCUGACUUACAUGAUGCUGGGGAAAAUUCAUCUAUUGGAGGGGGAGACAGAUAAAGCCAUUGAAGUCUACAAGAAAGCCGUAGAGUUUUCUCCAGAAAACACAGACCUCCUUACAACACUGGGGUUACUUUACUUACAGCUUGGGGAUUACCAGAAGGCUUUUGAACACCUUGGAAACGCACUUACUUACGACCCAGGCAACUACAAGGCUACCUUGGCAGCUGGAAGCAUGAUGCAGGCCCAUGGAGAUUUUGACGUUGCCCUCUCCAAAUACAGGGUGGUAGCCAGCACUGUGCCUGAAAGCCCCCCGCUGUGGAACAACAUUGGGAUGUGCUUCUUUGGGAAGAAGAAGUACGUAGCUGCUAUCAGCUGCCUGAAGCGGGCAAACUACUUGGCUCCCUUUGACUGGAAGAUCUUGUACAAUUUGGGGUUAGUCCACCUCACGAUGCAGCAGUACGCAUCUGCCUUCCACUUCCUCAGCGCUGCCAUCAACUUCCAGCCCAAGAUGGGAGAGCUGUAUAUGCUCCUUGCAGUUGCUCUGACAAACCUUGAAGACAUUGAGAAUGCAAAACGUUCCUAUGAGCAAGCUGUGGCACUGGACAAGUGCAACCCCCUCGUCAACCUGAAUUAUGCUGUCCUGCUGUAUAACCAGGGUGACAAGAAGGAAGCCCUCUGCCAGUACCAGGAGAUGGAGAAGAAGGUCAAUGCACUGAAGGAGAGCAGUACUCUUGACUUUGACCCUGAGAUGGUGGAGGUUGCCCAGAAGAUGGGAGCUGCCCUGCAGGUGGGAGAGAGCCUGGUUUGGACUAAGCCUUCUAAAGAGUCUAAAUCCAAGCAGAGAGCUGCUCUGUCAGGGAAAUCCUCCAGCACUCAGCAGCCUUUGGGCUCUAACCAGGCCCUGGGUCAAGCCAUGUCCUCAGCAGCGGGGUAUGGGAAAACCAUCCAGCUUCCCCCAGGUGCUGGCGCAUCAGCUCCGCUUGCAAAGCCUCCCUCGCUGCCUCUGGAACCAGAACUGGGCUCAGAAACAAGCCCCGAGGAGACCUCGGCACCAACAGAGGCAGAGGAACAGAGGAAAGAAAAGCGCAAGAGCCGGCAGGCAGCGGACUAG